GAAAGGAGGAAGCUCGAUCUCCUUGAGGAAAGAUUGAGGGCUGUGGAAGGAUUUGGGGACUAUCCGUUUGCAGACAUGACGGAUCUUUGCUUAGUACCCGAUGUUGUUAUUCCCCCGAAAUUCAAAGUGCCGGACUUCGACAAGUAUAAAGGGACGACUUGUCCCAAAAACCAUCUCAAGAUGUACUGCCGUAAGAUGGGCGCUCAUUCUAAAGAUGAAAAGCUGUUGAUACACUUCUUUCAGGAUAGCUUCGCCGGAGCUGCGGUAGUGUGGUACACUAAUUUGGAAGCUUCCCGUAUCCGUACUUGGAAGGAUCUGAUUACCGCCUUCCUAAGGCAGUAUCAGUACAAUUCUGAUAUGGCUCCUGACCGUACUCAACUGCAGAAUAUGUUUAAGAAAGAGGGUGAAACCUUUAAAGAAUAUGCGCAGCGAUGGAGGGAUUUGGCGGCACAAGUAGCUCCUCCCAUGGUUGAGAGAGAGAUGAUCACCAUGAUGGUAGACACUCUGCCAGUGUUCUACUAUGAGAAGCUAGUGGGUUACAUGCCGUCCAGCUUUGCGGAUCUGGUGUUUGCCGGGGAAAGAAUCGAGGUUGGAUUGAAGAGACUUCGGAUAAUUCAGCAGAGUGAAUUCAAGGUUAUCGAACAGCUCAACAAAACCCCGGCUAGGGUCUCGCUGCUAGAGUUACUUAUGAGCUCCGAGCCUCAUCGGGCUCUGCUAGUAAAAGUGCUGAACGAGGCUCACGUGGCCCAAGAUAUUUCGGUAGAAGGUUUCGGAGGGCUGGUCAACAAUAUCACUGCCAACAACUAUCUUGCCUUCGCCGAAGAAGAAAUCCCCGCCGAGGGGAGAGGGCAUAAUAAGGCUUUACACGUAUCAGUCAAGUGUAUGGACCAUAUCGUGGCCAAGGUACUCAUCGAUAAUGGUUCCAGUUUAAACGUGAUGCCUAAGAGCACUUUGGACAAGUUACCAUUCAAUGCUUCCCAUUUAAAACCAAGUUCAAUGGUGGUUCGGGCCUUCGACGGCACUCGCCGAGAGGUUAGGGGAGAGAUCGAUCUCCCAGUACAAAUAGGCCCUCACACCUGUCAAGUCACUUUCCAGAUAAUGGACAUUAACCCCCCCUACAGCUGCCUGUUGGGGCGCCCGUGGAUCCACUCAGUGGGUGUUGUGCCUUCUACACUCCACCAAAAGCUGAAAUUCGUAGUGGAGGGGCACUUGGUCAUCGUGUCAGGCGAGGAAGAUAUCUUGGUAAGCUGCCCAUCCUCCAUGCCUUAUGUGGAAGCCGCAGAAGAAUCGUUAGAAACCGCUUUCCAGUCUUUUGAGGUGGUCGAAGGAGAUGAGGAUGUGGGACUUCCUUCGGAACUAGAAAGAAUGGUCGCCCAUGAGGACCAAGAAAUGGGGCCUCAUCAAGAAGAAACAGAGCUAGUAGACUUAGGAAUUGGCAGUGGAAAGAGGGAAGUAAAGAUAGGUACAGGCAUUACCGCACCUAUCCGUGAAGAAUUAAUAAUCCUGCUAAAAGACUACCAAGACAUCUUUGCUUGGUCAUACCAAGAUAUGCCCGGUUUGAGUUCUGACAUUGUGCAGCACCGGUUGCCUCUAAAUCCCGGGUGUCCCCCAGUAAAACAGAAAUUGAGGAGGAUGAAGCCCGAAACGUCCUUGAAGAUAAAAGAAGAAGUGAAGAAGCAGUUUGACGCUGGAUUUCUGGCCGUCGCUCGGUAUCCAGAAUGGGUUGCCAACAUCGUACCAGUUCCUAAAAAAGGUGGGAAAGUACGAAUGUGUGUAGAUUACCGGGACCUGAAUCGGGCCAGUCCCAAGGACAAUUUUCCGUUACCACACAUCGAUAUCCUCGUAGAUAACACGGCCAAUUUCGCUUUAUUUUCCUUCAUGGAUGGUUUCUCUGGUUACAAUCAGAUAAAGAUGGCGCCCGAGGAUAUGGAAAAGACUACUUUCGUCACCCUGUGGGGAACGUUCUGUUACAAGGUGAUGUCCUUUGGACUCAAGAAUGCCGGGGCAACUUAUCAACUGGCCAUGGUAGCUUUGUUCCAUGAUAUGAUGCAUCAAGAGAUCGAGGUCUACGUGGAUGACAUAAUUGCUAAAUCUAAAUCUGAGGAAGAACACCUUGUCAACCUGCGGAAAUUGUUCGAAAGGCUUAAGAAAUAUCAAUUAAGGUUGAACCCCGCUAAGUGUACCUUUGGGGUCAAAUCAGGGAAAUUGCUUGGUUUCGUUGUAAGCCAGAAAGGGAUAGAGGUAGACCCCGAAAAAGUGAAGGCUAUCCUUGAGAUGCCAGAACCCCGUACAGAGAGGCAAGUCCGAGGUUUCCUGGGGCGCUUGAAUUAUAUUGCCAGAUUCAUAUCGCAGCUCACCGCCAUUUGUGAGCCGUUGUUUAAACUCUUGCGUAAAAACCAAACUGACCGGUGGAAUGAGGAUUGCCAAGAGGCUUUUGGAAGGAUCAAAAAGUGCCUAAUGAAUCCUCCCGUGCUUAUGCCACCAGUACCUGGAAGGCCUCUCAUUUUGUACAUGACAAUCUUGGACGAGUCAAUGGGGUGUAUGCUGGGGCAACAUGACGAAUCCGGGAAGAAAGAGCGCGCUGUUUACUACCUAAGUAAGAAGUUCACGACCUGUGAGAUGAAUUACUCCUUGCUCGAAAGAACGUGUUGUGCUUUAGUAUGGGCAUCCCAUCGCCUAAGGCAGUACAUGCUGAGUCAUACUACCUGGUUGAUAUCCAAAAUGGACCCGGUUAAGUACAUCUUUGAAAAGCCAGCUCUUACAGGACGAAUCGCCCGAUGGCAAGUCUUGCUAUCUGAGUUUGAUAUAGUCUACGUCACCCAAAAGGCGAUAAAAGGAAGCGCUUUGGCAGAUUAUUUGGCUCAACAGCCUCUUAACGACUACCAGCCCAUGCAUCCGGAAUUCCCGGAUGAGGACAUCAUGGCCUUGUUCGAGGAAAAGUUGGACGAAGAUCGGGACAAAUGGACUGUAUGGUUUGACGGAGCGUCAAACAUUCUAGGUCAUGGCGUUGGGGCAGUGUUGAUCUCUCCGGACAAUCAAUGUGUACCUUUCACAGCCAGGCUAGGAUUCGACUGCACCAACAACAUGGCCGAAUAUGAAGCAUGUGCCCUAGCCGUCCAGGCAGCAAUUGACUCCGAUGUCAAACUACUCAAGGUGUACGGCGACUCAGCGUUGGUAAUCCAUCAGCUGAGAGGAGAAUGGGAAACUAGAGAUCCCAAGCUGAUACCCUACAAAGCCUACAUCAAGGAGUUGGCUGAGACUUUCGAUGAGAUCUCCUUCCAUCAUAUUCCCCGCGAGGAAAAUCAAAUGGCGGAUGCACUUGCUACAUUGGCA